AUGUACGCUUCGGGCUCUACAGCGACCGCGACGAAAGGGCAUUUGCCGGUGGCUAAAAAGACGCGUCAUCGCAAGAAGAAGAAACGACAUGGAGCUGCUGCUGCUGCUGCUGUAGUACCUCCUGCUGUAGCUGCAGCGACUCGGUCGUCAAGUCUGGAAAAAGCACUGGACGAGACUGUGUCGGGAUCAUUUCAUAGUGUAACUGGCUCGAAUUCGACUGCGCAUCGCUCGUUGUCGCCCUGCAGUGGUGGCUCUGCAGCGGAAAGAGGAGGCGACAAAGACGACGGAGCAGUAGAAGAAGAAGAAGAAGAAGAGGAGGAAUUUGGAGACGACGAGUACUCGUCCGAGAGCGAGGACGAAGGGGAAAGUAGCUACAAAACGGGUGGCUACCACCGCGUCGAAGUCGGUGAAGUGUACAACGCGAGGUUCGAAGUGCUGGAAAAGCUCGGGUGGGGACAUUUCUCGACGGUGUGGAAGUGUUUGGACCGAGAGACGGGAGCUACUGUUGCCUUGAAAGUGCAGAAGAGUGCUCGACAUUACACGGACGCUGCGCGAGACGAGAUCGAGUUGCUGGAGUGCACAGUACGUGCGGCAAAAGAGGCGCAGUCGGAGUCAAUGGAGCAGCAGGAGGCCAUCAAGGUGGUCCGUCUGGUCGACUCGUUCGAGCACAAAGGGCCGAAUGGCUUGCACGUGUGUAUGGUAUUCGAGAUGAUGGGGGACAACUUGCUGACCCUCAUCAAGUACUAUAACUACCAGGGAGUGCCGUUGCGGCUGGUCCAGCGUCUUACGAGGGAUAUGAUGAAAGGGCUGGCUUUCUUGCACGAAAAGUGCAAGAUCAUUCACACUGACCUAAAGCCCGAGAACGUGUUGCUCACGCAUCAUAUCCCGCAGCUCCCGAAAAUUCGCAAGACACAGUGGGACGAGUUCCGUGCGACGCGGCUUGCAGGACGUGGAAAGAAUGCAGGCGUUGCUCGAGACGAAUGCAAAUUGACCGGUCAUGUUGCCAACGGAGCUGUUGCCUCUACUGCCGGUAGCGCUGAAGUGUCGAAAGAAGAGAAGAAGCGUCUGAAGAACCGACUGAAAAAGAAGAGGCAAAAGCAGCGAAAACAGUGUGAGAGAGCUGGACGGGAAGCUUCUACCGAUGGUGGUAUUGCAAGUAACAAAGUGGAUAGCACUGCACGCCUCAGUCUUACCGCUGAUGACGCCUCUGUCAAUAGCUUGAGAGAUAGUCUGUCGCAACUCGCGUUCUCUACUCGCACCGACGACACUUCACCAUGCGAUGAAACCUUCAAGUCCAACUUUGCUGGACAUGCAGUUGAUUGCACUUCCGGAUCGUCCGACGUGACGCGGAUAUGGUAUCGACAAGUGGGAGAGCAUGGCAACGAAGAAGAAAGAGAUUGGGUACAUAUACCUCCAGAAUUUGCGGCACGGGUGAUGCUGCUGCUCCCCGAGGGUCGUGUUGCUGGUUCGAAGCAAAAGGAGCGUGAAUUCACGAUGAGUGUGGCCGCAGAGUCAACGCGAUCACCAAUUGAUCACGCAAGCGAUCACGGAAAGGACGAUGAAGCUGUGGAGACAUCCUUCGUGUUACGAUAUCUAGACCACGUGGAUAACGAUGUGAUGCAGUCGAUGGAAGAACAGGUGUUAGGACUGUGUGGCCACAAAGUUGCCUCGACAACAAAAGGGGCGUAUCGUGUGUGGAGACUCGAGUUUGAUGCAAGAUACACGCACGCUGUGCUAUACUAUCUGGAACAUCGCAUUGAAGGUCUCAGUUUCUUGAACAUCGCGCCUUCUUCUGGUCUUGCGCUUCCUGGGUUCUUCUUACCCAAGCCACUUGGUGACCAGGAUAUCGAGCGCGUGGUGAAUGACACGGACACGGGCAAAAGCGAUCCUGCUGCCGACGUCAUCAUACAAGGAAUGAAUUUUGCAGCGUUGGUAGACUCCCUCGAAAGCGUUUUGGAGGUAAUGCCGCUUCGACAAAGACUGGAUCGCUGGGCCUCGCGUUUGAACGAGAUCGCGAAUGGUGAACUGUUUGACGUCAUGAAGCUCAAUGCGAAGAUCUGCGACUUGGGCAAUGCGUGUUGGACCACGAAACACUUUACGGACGACAUCCAGACACGCCAGUACCGUUGUCCCGAGGUCAUCCUGGGCAAACGUUACGACACGUCGGCAGAUAUUUGGUCCAUGGCGUGCUUCGUGUUUGAGCUGCUGACAGGAGACUUGCUUUUUGAUCCAAAACAUGGCCGCAACUUCAAUCGCGACGAGGACCACUUGGCGCAAAUGAUUGAAUUGCUCGGUCGAAUGCCGAAGUCCAUCACCGGGUCUCGGCACGGUUCCCGUGACUUUUUCAACCGCAAGGGCGAUCUGAAACGAAUUCGCAACCUCAAGUAUUGGAGCCUGCAGCAAGUGCUUAUCGAGAAGUAUCGCUUCUCGCGCGCUGACGCAGAAUGUCUAGCAUCAUUCCUGAGUCCCAUGCUGCGCUACGAGCCGUCAAAGCGUGCUACAGCAAAUGAAUGCCUGGCACACCCGUGGCUUGCACAUGUCGACGACGUUGUGGACAAGAAGAAGAAUGAUGGCAAGUAG